CACCGGCUCGGGGAGCGGCGCGGAGCAUCCCUGGCGGCGGGGCGAUGCUGGGGCCGGCGGGGCGGCUGGCUCCGGGGGCCGGGGACCUGCCGGGCCGGCUGCUGGCCCUGCUCUGGCCGGCACUGGUGCUGGGAGCAGCUGCGCUGCUCGUCCUGCUGCGGCGGGGCCGAGCGGGACCGGGUCCGCGGCGCCGCGCCCGGGGAGGGAUGCAGGAGGAAGAGGAGGAUGGAGAUGGGGAUGCUCCAGCGGGGACCGGCGCGCUGCCGGCGCCGCAGCGGGAGGAACAAAGGCUCACAGCGCAGGUUCCAGUGAAUGGCCAACUUAUAACAUCAGUCAACAUCAGAGAGAAAAAGAACCUCAAGCCUAAGAAGAAGAGGAAAGCCCAGUGCUCAGACAAGGAGGUGCCCAAAGACCUGCUUUCUGUGGAAAAAGACAAACUGCAAGAGGAGGAAGGAGUCUGGCAGACCAAGAUCAGCAGCCGAGAAAAGAGACACUUAAGGAAGGAAAGGUUGAAGCAAAAAGGUAAAAAAGAUCCCAGCAGAGCAACUCUGGGUAGCUCAACACCUGAGCCAGCCUUUGACUGGGAUGAGAAGGGAGCGGUGUGGUCACUCAGAGAGGAAACCAGUGGCAGUGGAAAAGGUUCUCUCAUUGCCAAGGCAGAGUAUGGGACUGCAUUGAACGUCUUGGGAGCAAUACAGGAAGAAUCAGCAUGCUCUCAGUCAGAAGAGGAUGUGUUUUCCAACAUAGGAACAUGGGACAUUGCAGAAGUAAAAUCCUGUCCUGUGACCUUUGGGACUUUACAAGAACUGUCUGGGGAGUUAGGUGAGUGGUCUCUCUUCGGAAUUCUUCUAUGUGAAUUCUGCUAUCACUUUCUUGGAUGCUUGGUUUAGAAGUAUUCUCAUUGCUGAGAUGCGGGUCAUUUCUUAUGGAGCAGCCACUUUUUAUUAGUCACUCUCCCUUGUAGAGCUUGCUUGCAUCUGUAUUCCAGCACUACCAGUGUUUUAAGGAGUGACUUCAGAAUGUUUUAUUGAGCACUUUCCAAACUCAUGUCUCAUCUUGGAAUAAAUGAAAAAAAAAACCAAAAAUUGCCUCCCCAGCAAAUUCCUUCUCUGUUAGGUUUAUUCACACAGAAGAUUUCUGUUGUGUUCUGAUGACCAACAAGUUCAGUGAAUUUCAGAUCUAGGGAGGGAUCAAGUGCCCAGGUUUGAGAGGCCCUCUUAGAGGAUGCCUAGCACAGUGAGGGACUUCCAGCUUGAGCCUCUCUCUGCACGACCUUGGGAAGAAUGGCACAUCUCCUGGUUUUGCAUGAAGUUGAGCCUUGUUUCUGGCUUUCCCUUUGCUCCAUGCACCUGUCAGUCCUUCUCACUGCCUGGCUCUGAGCAUUUCUGGUUCAUACGCUCUCUGCCUAACAGAAACUCAAAUAUUUCUGGAGGUACAACUGGCUGCUGAAUGCAAACUCUGGUCCUGAAUCUUUUAGAGAUGCUAAAGGAAAGCAUAGAUACAUAUAGAUAGACAUCUGCUCACAAAACAGCAUGUGCAUUGUACGCCAGAACGCUGAAAUUCACUUCUAUAGCCAGGCAGGGUAGUCAAUAAAAUACACGCCGUAUUUUAUCAUCUAUUUUCCAACACUACAUCAGUGGAUUGAAGCAGUUCCUAACCUGCAAGUACUCGACAGUGAGAAAUAUUUAACAUCUGCAUCGAUACAGCACAAAAUCAAGCCAAACUACGUAAACAAAGAAGUUGUUUAGCAGAAAGGAAAGACCAGAGAGAUGAAAAAAAAAUCUGUUGUGUGAGAAAGAAAUGAAGAAAACACUGGUCUGUUAUGUACAGACCUUAGCAAGGCGCUAAGGGAAGUCAUUCAGGGAGAUAGGAAUCCGAUGGGUUGCUUCAGUUGUUGAAAAUAAUAAUCAGAAAAACUUUAACUCUUCUUUUUCCCUCAGUUUCUUGCAGUUAUUAAUACAGUAAUUAUGGAUUUCUGUCAGAAUGAGCAGAAGCUUUCUCACUGAAGUCAGUAGGAGCUGGAGCUGUAUACGCUGGACGCAGCUUUUGUUCUGCAGGAACUACAGCUCCUUCUUACAUCCCCAACAGAGAUGUGUCAGAAGGUCACAUCUCUGAAUGUUGUUAGUGUAGCCAUUCCCGAGCGGGUUGUUUUUAGUAAUUUAUGCAUAUAGUGUCCUCAUCCAACCCUCAUUAAUAAAUCCAGCAGCAUAGAUUAAUGCGUGGCUUAAGUUGCAUAACAUCCAGGCAUCGUGACAUAGCAAGCAGAUAAAGCCAUGAUUAAUUGAUUUUAAUAACGUGAAUAUACAUAUGUGAUUAUCUUUUAGGUUUGGGGUUGGUUUUGGGUUUUUUUUUAUUUUAAAAAAGAUUAUUUUUCUGUAUGCAGAUAACAUGAAGAGUAAAUCAUCUGAGGACAGUCCUUCCAGAUGCUGUUGGCACACCAGCUUGACAUUCCUCCCUGCAGACGAUGCAUGGCAGGGGCAGGACGAUCCUUCAGCGAUUGACCUUGACUCUGACUGGAAGGCUCCCACGGAAGAGUGGGGAAAUUGGACAGGAGAAGAGGAGCACCAGAGAGAGGAUGAGAAAGAGAAGGACUUGACAAAAAGCAAAACAGGCCUUCAUUUCUGCCUUUCUGGACUCGAAAGCAAAACACAGCGGAAAAAGAAAAGAAUUGAAGUGAAGGAGACAAGGAGUGGAGUGGGACCGAGGCAUUGAAGCAUAUUGUUUCAAUUAAGCCCCAGCAAGGUUUGAAAACAGGACUGGAAGAAGGCCCAAGGGACUUGAUAUCUACAAAAUGUAGCAGUGAUGUUGUCUGUGCUUCCUUCAAAAAAUCCUUGGACGUUGCGAAUAAUUCACCCAAUAACACAGGUGUACCUGGAAAAAAGGAGAGGAGGAAGAGGAAGAAAAUGAAGAAAGAGACUUGAGGGAGCUGUGCAGCUGCCAGUGACAACUCAACGGGGCAGGCAUGCCGAUGAGCUGCAAGGAUUCUGCUUUCUGCAAUGCCGCGCUGAGCCCGAAGUAGAGAGGCUCUAGGAGACUUCCCAGUGAGAGGAAGAGGAGAAGAGGAGCAGUGAGCCACAGAGAGUGAGUGUGUGACAGAGCGGAGAGAAUGAGCACACUGUGCACAGGAGGUGGCAAUGAAACAGAGUGGCUGUUCAUUACAAAUCGCUGCCCUUGAUUAAAAGCUAUUGAAUGGAUUUUGACUGGUUGCGUUAAGUCCUUUUGGUUCUUCACUGUCAUGUUGUUUGUCAACUUGUAAUGCUAUUUGCCAAUUGUAGAGAUGGUCGGGUGGUACCUGACCGUGAUUGUACUUUAGUUCUAUGGCAGGUCCACCAGCUUGGUCUGGUCUCUGGCAUUUUUGCAGAGCUGCUCAUCAACAGGCUACUAAUCUACAGAAGGAAGCACUGUUCAGAGACAGGGAGAAUAACACAGAUCUUUCUCAAACCUCCUAAACCUUUGAAAUCCUUGUUGGCUGCUACAUCAGACUUUUGCCUCACACCCUGAUGCAUUUAUACUUUUCACCCUUGGUCACGCUAGCUUGCUCCACAAGGGAAAAUUUCUAGAGGAGGUUUUAAACUUAUUAGGGAAGGAGGGUCUAAGUCCUUUUUUUCUCCUCAGAUUUCAUGGUGGGCUAAAGUUUAAAGUCUGUAUGUCCAAAGCAUGUUGCAUUUGUAUUUAUAGUAGACUGAAGUAACUUUUUGAAAUCAUUUUUCUUAAUCUGAUGUUUGGAAGUUUUUUAUCAUUUUGUUAUUUAAAUAUUCUGAUAUCAACUAAAUUUGUGAAUGAAAUUUUUAAAAAUGUCAUUUUAGUAUUUACUGAAGAGUGUGUAUUUCUUGUUGUCAGAGGGCCUAUAGUAUGGAGGAGGGAAUGUGUUACGAUUUAAUACUGUGGUUGAUAAAUAGCGUUGAGCUGACACCACUAAAGGUGAAGCCCUUUAUCCCUAGAGGAACUGCAGCUCUGGUGGUAGCUGUGAGGGCUUCUUAGAUGGUCCUGAGACAGUGCCUCCACCGGACCCAUCCUAGAAGUGCUGCCUCAAAGGAUGAGAAAAUGAUUGUCAAAUCUCCACCUGCAUUUUGCCUUUGGAUAUUGUACAGGAAGAUUACCUUCCUAAUGCAUGUUAAACGUGUAUGUGUUCAUAAACAUCGGGCUGAUGCUGGGAAACUCAUUUCACAGAGAACACUGAGUAACCAGGGAUGUCAUUGGCUUUACACUGCUACAGCAGCACUUCUGUUUGCAUCAUUGAGCCAGAGGAGAGCUCUGUGCUUCUGCCACUGCAGCCACCCAGUCCUUGAUGCUGGCUCAUCUGAGCCUCAACUGCAGCUCAACACUUUUACCUGAUAGCCUUCAUCUGUUGCAUAGCUGUCAAAGCAGCUGUAUCCUUCAGAGAAGCAAUGUAUUUGCAUUUGGAGUCUAGCUACUUAUAUGCUAAAGGACAUUUCUCUUGUGCUGGGAUUUUUGGGGUAGCUAUAGAGUGUGCCCGGAAAUUUAGCACAGCAAGAUUGUUUCAGACAGACAGGUGAGGGGUAAUCUUAACUGAUACCACUCAGCAGCCCGUUGUCUGGAAUCUGUACAAAUUGGUGUUUGUGUCUCAGUGUAGGGGAAAUAUAGCCAGUUUAUGAAUGGACUGAAUAGACCAAAAGGGCUACUUUUAUCUGCAAAGUAACUGAUCUGGACCGGGUGCAUAAUGAGAAAAUACAUGGCUUCGCUGGAGAAACAAGUACAGCAAGUUCAAGGAUUUAGAAGAUGUGUUAAUGAGUAGGUGGGUAACGAGUGAAGUUCUGCUGUCUCUGAAGCUGUUGAAAAACAUUCAUUGACCUCACUGGGGCCAGCAUGUUGCCCCAGGUCUUUGUUUAGCAUUGAAGAUAACCUCUGUCAUCCUCUCUCCCCAAAAAAAAGAAGAAUGAAGGAGAGUAAGGGAAGCUCACAAGACUGUUAAACUCCAGAUUUCUUCUGCUUUUUUCUCUAUAUCUGCUUGUAAACUUUUUGAUGUCUGUGUAAUUAUGUUUUAGUUCAAUGUGUUACAGUAUUUCAAAUGUUCAUUGUUUUAAUAAUAAAAAAUCAAAACAU